AUGGCUUUUCGGCAAGAUGGCGUGCAACGCUCUCCCACGUUCUUCGUCGGUGCUGAGAAACAGAAGCGAGACUUAGAUGCUUUCCAGCGACGGGAGCAACAGCUAGCAGAAGUCUACCACAAGAACAAGCCGUUGUGUUUCAAUUCUUGUGCAUUCCAGAAGACGCAUCCAAUCAAAGCAAGAUCUGGACACCGUGAUGCUGAUGCCACAUUGGUGUCGCCAAUGGUUGUUGGCGUGGCUGAUGGAGUCUCCCAGAUCGAAGAGUACGGGAUCGACUCCUCCCAACUGCCCACUGAGUUGCUCCGACAGUGUGAAGACAUGGCAUUCCAGCAGCUUGUGCCUGGAUGCGGAGCACGCGAGCCCUACCAUGGCCCAAUUCCAUUGGUCCGGGAAGCUUUCCGCAGUACAGAUUGCUUGGGAUCUACAACGUUGGUCCUGGCUUUGCUGGACAACUCCACGAAGAUCCAUGGCAAGCUGCACCCCAUGAUUGCAGUCAUCUCUGUCGGCGACUGCGAGCUAGUCAUCCUGCGACGAUUGCAGGGACGUUCUGGCCCUUUGGAACUCGUCUUCCACACCGAAAUGCAGCGAGUAGACGGCCAUUGUCAAACGCCUUUGCAGCUGGCCCGCGUAGAUGACCGAAUCGAUCCAAAUUUCGAUGACAGCAUCACCGUGGAAGUCAUUGAGCGCGGAAGUGCCGUGCACUGUGUCUCUGCCUACGAAGGUGACAUUGUCCUGGUUGGCUCAGAUGGAGUCUUCGAUAACCUUUUUCUAGAUGAAGUAUCGGCGAUUGCAAAUGCCGUACUGUUACCAGGCACUCAGCUGCCGAUUCACUCCUCGCAGCUUACACUUCUUGCAACGCGCAUCGUGCAGGCUGCUCAUCAGAAGACAGAGAUGAGAGCCGGAGGCUUUCUGGCAGAGGCACCGAUCGGCAAAGGAGGCAAAAUGGAUGACACCUCAUGUGUGGUGGCAGAGAUUAUCGAGUGGACCGAAGCUCACCAGAAACUGUAUGCCCGCGAGUCCGAGCCGCUGAACUGGAUGAACUUCUGGAGCUGCCGUGUUGGCUGCGAUGGGGACGACGAGCUUAUGGAGUACGAGGGUGAAAUGACCCCACCCGGACUUCAUGGAAGACGCGGAAGGCGAACCUUGGCUGGGCAACAGCAACGAAAGAAACGUGCCGGAGGCUUUGGCUUGAUGCCAGGAAUGCCCAAUCUCAUGGAGUUCUCCGGUGCUGGCACCUUGGGGAUGUCAGUUCCACAGGGUCUGCAGGGCCUUCCGAACCUGCAAGGAUUGCAAGGGCUUCAAGGUCUGCAAGGUCUACCCAACCUGCAAUCCUUGGGUUUGGCUGGGAAUCCGGCCUGGGCCGCUGCAUUUGUUCAACAGCCGCAGGUCCCCGCGCGCAAUAUGGGUGGGAUGCCCAACGCCGGAACCGGACCCGCAGGCGGACCUUCCAACCCAAACUUCGGAAUGCUGCCUGGCUAUAUGGAGCUGGGCGACAACUUGCGUGGCUUGCCGGGUGCCGCUGGGGGACAGCAGGGAUCUUACAAGGGAGGUUUGGCGGGAGCAGGCCAAGGAGGCUUCAUGGGCUGA